AAAUAGAGUUUAGUUCCCAGAGGAGAGAAAUGCUUUUGUUCUUGACCACCAACAUGGCCGCCAUGACGUCACGUGCAAACCAGCAAUAGCCCAUAUUCGCCUUUGUCACGCGGCGGCCAUUUUGUCUCAGGAGAUUUAAAAGCUUUGUUUACGCACCCUAUAGCCUCGUUCUAUCUACGAGGCCAGGGUUGCAUAUAAUCAAAGCUUUUUAAAUCUCCUGCGACAAAAUGGCCGCCGCGUGACAAUGGCGAAUUGCAGUUACAUGUGGAAACGAGGCUAAAGCUGACCUUGUUUUGAUACAACCCUUCCUGCUUUGUUAUGUAGAUCAUGUUGUUCUUACGCUACCUAGUAUUUUUUAGCAAAAUUUACUUUCAUUUGAAAAGGGAGAAGGUUUGUAUCAAAACAAGGUCAGCCUCAGCCUCACGUACUGAUAGAUCGUUUAAGCAGCCACGUUUUUGAUUGACGCACGUCAACCGGAAGUGAGCCUUUUUCUCUUUUAAUAUGCGUUGACGCUACCAAAUUUGUAUUGUUAGGUGUCUUUACCUUUACAGAGACGAUUUGCCCCAAAACUUGUUGAAAAAGUCCACUUCCGGUUGACGUGCGUCGCUCAAAGACGUUGCUACUUAAAUUCCCUAACAAAAAAGCGAAAACGUUCCUAAAACAGUCCCAUAAUGCAAUUCGACACAGCACCGAACCUCUCUCACGAGCAACCUCCAUACGCUCGAUAGAAAGAACUAAACAUUGAAGGCAAUCGACUUGACGUUCUCUUCGCACUUUUGCACUCAAACUUGUUUGUUUUUUAUUUGUUACCUAGGUUACGUUUGGCCACGCUUGAGUCCGAAAAAGAGGAGAUGUUGCACGAAGUGCGACAACUCCGAAAAAUGGGUCAGGCAGGGGAUUUACCACGUGACUUGGUACGUUAUAGUUAAAGCUAGCUUCUGAGUGAAUUACAGUAUAGCGAUCCCUCCCUCAUUCACUUGUUGGUGAUUUGUUUUCAGAUAACAGAAUUUCUGUCGUAAGCUGUAAUUGUUAUGUUGAGCGAUCACCAUUUUCAGUGAAGCAAAGCCCAUUGAGAACAAAGUGACCCGUCUAGUCCAUUUAUAUAAGCCAUACCUUUUGCUUUUAUUUGCGACAAGUUUUGUACGCUCAUAAAUGUAGACCUUUGGAAGAUGGCUGAUAUAAGGGAGCUUAGCAUCGACGACGGCAGCGGCAACGGCAACGAGGACGUCAAAAAAGCAGUAGGUUUGGAUAAGCAAAACAACAACUCUGAACGUGCAUCACACUUUUUUCUACAUUUCUUUGCUGUCUCUGCCCGACUACGACGUGAAAAUGCCUAAUUUCACGUUUCAUGGAGGACGCCGUUAACAAUUGACGACAAAGUUUUCAUUCUCUUUCUAAACUUGAAGGCGGUCCCCAAGGAAUCAACUUUAGAGAAAUUCACCAACAUUUGACAUUUUCAGUGGACUGGAAUAAACGCGACAAAGUGUGAAAAAACGCGAUUUGAUUUUUAAAGUGACUUUCUCGCUGCCGGCACCGUCUUCGAUGCUAAACUGAGCUCCCAAUGUACGUAACAGUACGCUAAUACAAGACGCUUUGGUGUCUACUGUCAACUUGAGUUUUUUCUGUUACAUUGCCUCUCUGAGGAAUUUGCCCUUUAAACUAAUAUAAGUUUCAUUGUUCCUUUUAAUGACAGAACAAUGACGAAGUUCUUGAGAAGUUAAGAAAUUAUGACAAUAUGAUGGCAGAUGAUGUCGAACUUCGGUAAGUCUCUCACAGUUCAAGUAUGCUCGGUGUAAGCCGGUCUUCUUGUUUGUACUCUUACCAAACUCAACAUGCAAGUAAGAUGUGUACUGAUUUCGUAAUUUAAAGGGGCUGUCUCGCUAUUUGCUAUCUGUGUGUAAUAAAUAAAAACUUGUCUUCGCAUCAAUUGAAUUCAGGGGCACCCAAAGACGGUUGCCUCCUACAUACAUUGAAAACACUUUUGAGGCUAUCCUGAGUACUUUUUAGAUCUUUAGAAGUGCAUUCUAAGCGACGCUAUAAAAUUUGCAUCUGUUCGGUCAUCCCAGAAGAACUUGAUUCUUUUCGAAAUUACAGGGGCGUGUCCAGUUUUGUUAUUUAAGACUAUAUUUAGACUUUGAAACUGUUUCCUGUCUAUUGCAACGGACGGAUUGACUGUUUCAAGUUUUAAUGCAAUACCUGCAAAAAUGACCGAACAGCUAUUAUACUUGGAGCUCCCUGAUGAAAUUUGUUUUAUGUCUUCUUCACAACUCUACAAGAGCAGUUUGUUUGUGGGCAGAGGCGCUAAGUAAUGAUUUAGCAAAGAGUUGAUCUGUAAGAGCAGUAUCCUCGUGACAUGAUAGUCCCUUUAAAAACACACCUGUAUUGUUAAGGUGAGCGUUUUUAGUGAUUGUUCGUUUACUGGAAUAGAAGACAGUCAGAGACAGUCUUAACAUUACAAUCGUCCAACUCACACAGGAUCAGUCUGGUACCCCAACAUGGCUGCACGUGUGACUUUCAUGUUCUUUUUCAGUUUCUUCUCACGGCAUCUCUUCUCUUUUCUAUCAGUAACCUUCACUUCGAUAUGUACGCAGUGAAAAUGAAUGAAAUUAAAUGUAAAACACACUCAAAUGUAAGCAUUUUGGCCCUAGAAUUUAUGUUGUAUAGAGAAAGUGAAAUAGCUGUCUGACUGCAUCAAUUUGGGUCUCUUUUUGGUCUCUUAACAAAACGCUGACAUCACGAGUACGGCGAUUAACUGUAAUGGUAAGCCAUUUCUUUGCUCUUUCUUUUUCUGCAGAACACGUUUAAAAACGGUCGAACUGGAGCGAGAUCGGUUGUCCCACGAAAUUAUUAAGGUAUGUAACCUAGCUUUUUGCACAACUUUUAGGGGGAUUCCAUUGUCGCGUUGGUUUUAGGGGCGUACGCACUUAAAUUUCACGUAACUGCUGCUGUUGUAUUUACGUACGUAAAUUUUAAGCGUGCACGCGACAGUUGAAGUCCACCCUUAAAUACAGUGAAAAUGUACGCGGAAAAGGCGUUUUUAAUGCUGUAUAUACCUACUGCGAGGAAAAUUUAAACCUAUUCAUUUUAAAUGCAGUCGAAUCUCGUUUUAACGACGAUCCAAAUUCCAAGAUUUGAUAAUCGAUCUCGAGAGUUGGACCAAGAGGUUUUCUACCGAGAAUAGCGGUAGAAACCCUCGCAAGCCAACACAUGACCCAUGGUUUUAUCUCUUCUUUCUCUUUCGGGAAAAAACGUGACACUGCAUAAACUGCAGUACUGACGUCAGUACCACGUCAUAUUCUGCUUGUAAUAAAACAACUAUAGUUAAACAUGAGAAACGGUAGUCGUAAUUUCAAAGUGGUUCGUGGCUGAAGCGUAAAUCUGGGCAGAAAAUAGACACGAAUUACAAAUUUUGCUUGCCUCUAACUCAGGAGAGUUGGAUUGAAGACUUUUAGGCGAAAACACGAGAUUCUAGGAUAAGCGAAACGGCAAAAUGCGAGCAAAAUGUACUCUGUAGUCGCGACAACGCGAAACAGCUUAACAGCUCACCGUAGCCGUAGGAUUACGCGCGAAAAAUAAGCAGUCACGUGGUACUGCUCAUGCUCAGCAGCAUGUUUAUACUUAGUCGCAGUCCGUAGUCGUCGCAUCUAAAAGUACCUAUUGACAACGCGACGACAGGGACGACGGCGUGUGCAGAUCUCAAAACCGAAUUGACCAAUACUAAUUCUUUUCGCGCGCUUUUGCGUUCUCAAUCUACCGACUGACCACCUGGCACCGCUUUUACCUUCGAGAAAGACAAGGUCCCAAGAGUGGCCACGAUCAGUUAUGAGACGUUUUCAUUUACAGCAGUUUCCCACAAUGCAUGCUUUGACUGAGAAAAUUGUGGUGUUUUGAAUAAUUGGCCACUUAUGAGAAGUGGUUGUUAAAAAGUAGUUCGACCCUAUCGCCUCCACCUUCAAUUAACGACCUCUACCUACACAGUUCCGAAUAGACCUUAUUCGCGAUGCCCGCCAUCUUUGCACGCGCUUUAGGAUUGAUGGGAUAAAAGCAAUGUCACGUGGUAUUUCAGGGGGAAAACGAGUGUUGAAAUAUGCCAAUACGGUCGCAAACGAGUUUGUGUAUUCUUUCAAAACGAUACGACAAUUUUAGACUUGCAAAAUGUACAGUUCGAGUUUCGAUAGGUUUUACGUCAUUAUUUAUUGCUUGCUAUGAGGACAUCUUCGUUCGCUACUGCAUUCUAAAUUUGAUUGACCGUUAACGUCUUUAAGGUAAAUUAAAAAUUCUUCAUUUCUGUUGUCUAGACUGAACAAACUCGCGACUUGUUGUAUUGGCAAAUUUUAUCACUUGUUUGAGAAAACGCGUGAUAUUGCUUUUAUUCCAUCAAUCUUAAUCAUUUGUGUUCUAGUUCUUUUUCUACGCAUGCCAGAUUUACAGCAAGAAAGUUCACUAAUUUGCUAAUAAUGCGAUUUGAGGUGUCAAUAAAACUCAAAAUGGUUUAAGUGUCGCUAAUAGUCCCUGCAUUAAAGGGAACCUCCACUUCAACAAAAAGAUAACUUUAAAUCACAGGAAAUAACUGUUACGCCAUUCAAUGAUUUUUAAAAAAAGCGUUUGUAUCCGAAAGAACUAUAGCUGCAUUUUUUAGAUUUUUUUUAUAAAAAACAAUUGUUUUGUUUAUAUCAGGAAAAGUGAUUUUAAAAUCGCUUAUUUUCACUUUCAAAUUUUUAUAUCGUUGGCAUUGGAGUUGUCAUAGCAACGAAAUGAAUUUAUUACCUAUUUUACUGACAGCCAUAGUUAUCGACACUGGAGAGUUUCCUUUUUACCAAAAUCGUUCACGGAAGGUUAUUCCUCCAAUAGCUGCUCGAUGAUCGUGACGUUUGAGCAAACUGAGAAAGUGUUCGAUAUAUUUUGGUAUGAAGUUUUUUUAGUUAGAAAUUUAGUGAAAACUGGACAAUCUUGUUGUUCAGCCGCUAUCAAGGGAAGGGAUGGCGCAGUGGUGAGAGCGCUCGCCGCCCACCAAUGUGGCCAGGGGUUCAAAUCCCGGCGUCGACGCCAAAUGUGGGUUGAGUUUGUUGUUGGUUCUCUCCUUUGCUCCGAGAGGUUCUCCGGUUUUCCCCUCUCCUAAAAAACCAACAUUUCCAAAUUCCAAUUCGACAAGGAAUCAGGUAGAGGAAGAACCAAUUUGUGGAUGUGCCACCUCCAAAUCAUUAUUUAUUAAUUAUUUAUUUAUUUAUCUACAGAAAACAAAACGCCUAUGAAAUGCAAUUUCACCUUAUAGUAGUUUCAUUUUCUUUAAAACCGUAUAUGAAAAGAUCAUGGAAAUAGUUUUAGCCGAUUUUUUAAGAGGAAUUUGAUUAUAAUGCUUUGAGAUGCUGUCAUGGCGUUUUUGUAUAUUUUUACUGAGCGAUAGAAAAGAAAUAAGAGGUAUUUUCUCCAAAUUUCUUAUAUUUUCUUGGGCAAUAGUAGGUAAUAUUUCUGUAUAAUUCAAGUGCAUUGUCAAUUACCGCUGUUCUCGUGAGCUGUCACUAAUAUAUUUUACCAAAAAAACCCUUCCACAGAAUUUACACACCAAAACUGAAAAGGAAAGGAAAAAAACCUUCUACCCGCUUUGUGAAACUGAUCUUUUUCGUCCACAAGGUUCGCUAUUACUAUUAAGAUAAGUUUUGUCGGCAAAAUGGAUCCCUCUGUGAUGUUUUUUGCGUCAUUGUAGUUGAUCCGGGUAAUAUUAUAUAAGGUAUAACAGUAUUUCAAGAGUCUACUUGUUGACCUGGUUGUUGAAGCAAAAAUUUUGCCGAAAAAGCUAUUAUAUGUUAGCGAGUACAGAAAACUCUUGAAAGAAUGAUAAAGUUGAUGACGUGUUUGUACCAUAAACGCGCGAGCAAUAAUUUUCGCCCCAUAUUUUUUGAGAAGGCAACUGUCAACUUACAUGUAUUUACCCUGCAAGGGUUUCCUUGCGUCAUAUAUUUAAGACCAGGGAAGUAUCGCUCACUCGCUUGCCAGCUGGUUGGAUUGCGAUAGAUUUUAAACAACAAGACAGUAACUUAAGAUCGCCUCAGAGAUGCUGAAGUGUCGUUUUGAAAGGACAGUCUAUACCGGGCAACAGCAUUUUGAGAUUACCUUGGCGAGAAACGAAAAAGAUGUCCCCGUGGAGGUUAGCAACGAAAACAGCUUGUCGAAUGAGAAAGCAAAGAAUGGUACGGAACAAACAUUAUCCAGUGCUCGCCCGAAAUAUGAAUACUGUGUCUUGACUGCUUAUGGCGUUUUACCUGCGGUCGCAAAAGGAGUCAAUGGUGUUUUCUGUGCUAAAAAAGAAACAAAAGACCACCAAAAGGAAGCAAGGAAAGAGGAACCAUCAGUUGGUGUGUCCAUGAGCCGAGGACGCUCUGAUUUCAGUGAUAAACAGUAUAAAUAUUCUGUUUUAAAAGCCUACGGAUUUUUUUGCCGCUCUAAGGGAGAAUAAAUGCUAAAUUUCUUCCCCUUUAUCCGAAACUGUAUUUAUUUUUUAACUUUUGGCCUGCACUCAGAGGCAGCCCAACCUCAGUAUAAGAGUUUAAUCGUAAAUAGGUGCGGUGGUCUCGUAUUGCGUAAUCCUCAAAUGACCGUGAACAUAAAGGAUUUGUAUGAAAAUAAGGUAAAGAAUUCAAGAAGAUAAAUACUCGCUGGGAUUUUCAAUAAAAUCCACCCUAUCUAAUUUACUUUGUUUGCUCUUGCUUGCCGUGUGGUUAUUUUCCCGAUCCGUUGCUAUUUAACUUAAGUAUAAACUGCGAGGCUGCCUGUUCACAGGGGCACCCAACGACAAUUUUCGGAGAAAUAUCUGUUCGGAAGACGAUUUAAGAUCUAGAAUUUUCGGAACAUUUGUUGUAAAAUUUCUUGCUUACCUGCCUCUCCUAGGAUUUUCGGGCAUCUACAAAAUGGUAUAAUUGCCUAUUUUUAACGGAUUUUUAACCUAAAAAGAUCACCUAGAAUUUUCGGGAGCCUUUUUUCUGGCUAAAAUUUUCGAAAAGGUAAGUUUUGAUCACUAUAAUUUUCGGAUCACUUGACUUUCAGCUAGGAAAUCCGAACAGAUGAAAAACUUUUAGGGGAUAAAAAUAUGCCUAUAUCUAUCGUUUAAAUACUAAAAUAGUUUAACAAUUCUAUGUUUAAGUGGUUUUGAACUAUAUUCUCGUUGGGUGCCCCUGCUGUUCAGCUCUGCACAGCUAAAGCGGUUAUUUACCGUUUAAUUUUCACCACAGGUACCCCAAACUCACGAGUGAGAAUCGUUGCGUAACAGAAAUAUUAUGUGUGUCCGUAUGGGGAUUUAAGCGUUCGUUAUUUAGGGGUCAAAAAUAGUAAUAAAGAUACUUCAGAAUUUCUUACCUUGUGUCCUUGUUUAACUUUAUCGUGUUUUCUUAGCAUUUUUUGGCCGUUUCAGGGCGAUUCCAGCGAGUUUUAGUUCUGCCGUAAUAACGAUCGCUUAAGUCCCCAUACAAGCCCUUAUAAUAUUUCUGUUACGCAACGAUUCUCACUCUUGAGCUUGGGGUACCUGUGUUUUCACAUGUUUUUUUUUUUGUUUACCCUCCCCCGCCUCCCUGAAAAAAAAAAAAAAAGAAAAAAGUUGCAUAACCAUAAACGAAUCUUAACCAUUGUAUUCGAUUUCCCUUGGGACGACUGUAAUACCCAGAAGAAAUUGGAAACAAUGGUUAUGCAAAAUUUUGGGUUUUAAACAAGGUGCAUUAUGGCCUAUUUGAAAAUGGUGAAUUGCCUGGAAGCGAGGCUGCUAGCAAUGUACCAUAGACUGGGUGAGUUAUUGCCUACAUCUUUCAAAUAAUUAUGGGGCGUUUUCCAUCCAACCAAAACUUUCGAAAAUUUGGGAACAGCGGCAAAUGGUACAGAAAUUUCCCGGAAAUGAUGCUGAAUUUCCGAAAUGCGAACCAUUCAACCGAAAUACUAGAAAUUCCGGGAGCAAAGUUGAAUAGAAAGAAAACUUCUGGAAAAAAAUUUUCGAAAAUUUGGGUAUAACUCGCGAGGUUGUCCUCUUUUUUGGACGUUUUGGAAAAUGCUGUUCCAUUCGCUACUGAAAGUAGCCGAAUUUUUAACGCGGCGUUUUGAUUGAAUGGAAAACGCCCUUGGUAAGCGCCAAUUGGAUAUGAAGAAUUAGCCGAGAUUGGAGCCAAUCAGAAACAUCGAAAUAUUUUGAAUGAAUAAUAAAUGAUGUCACUUUAAGACACUUCCCGUGAGCUUACACGUGCGAUUUCUGUGUUGCUUUCGGCUUGCUACAUAGAGCCAGCGGUCUUUUCGCAGCGAGCGAACUUCUCUUAAGCUACCGCCCACAGUGCAAACAGAAUACCUGACCUAGUUAUUUACAUGUUAGGGAGUGCAGAAAGCACUUAAAAUUAUGAAGCUAUUGAGUAAAAGCCGAACUUUUUUUUGGAUAAACGUGCGAGCUGUAAUUAUCGCCCCAUAUUUUGUGUGUAGAAGAGCCGACACCUGUGUCUUGCCAGGGUUUCCUUGUGACAUUACAUAACGAAGGUUAUUGUCUGUCACUGGCUCGUUGGUUGGAUAAAUUUCGAUAAAUUUUCAGCAACGAGACAGUUAGAUCAUCUUGCGCAAUGUCACCUAACCUCCAAGCUACUGAAAUGCCGAUUUCAAAGGGUACAGUUUGUUACGAUCAACAGCAUUUUGAGAUUACCUUAUCAAGAAACGAAAAAGAUAUCUCAGUGGAGAACGAGGAAAACCCCGUGGCGAAGAAGGAAGCAAAUUGUGGAAUGGAAGGACCAUCAUCCAGUGCUCGCGCGAAAUAUGAACACUGUGUCUUGACUGCUUAUGGCGUUUUACCUGCGAUCACAAAGGGGAUCAAUUGUGUUUAUGGUGCUAAAAGAGAAAUGAAAGGCAAUUUAAAGGAGGCAAGGAAAGAGGAACCAUCUGCUGGUAUUUCCAUGAGCCGAGGCAGGCACCCUGAAAUCAGUGAAAAACAAUAUGAAUAUGCUGUUUUAAAAGCCUAUGGGAUUGUUUCCUUCUAAAGGAGUUUAAAUGCUCAAUUCGUUUGCCUUCAUCCGCAAGUGUAACUUUUUAAACUCAUCACAUUUUUAAAUACACAGUGUGUAUGUGACGAUUAGAACUAUAAGUGUACAAAGUAUGUUCAUUCUUUUCCAAUAGACUUAUCGGAUAAAUCGUUUGUAUAUCUAUUCCUUUUCUUUCUGAGUGCAUGUUAAACUGAUUUCACAAUUGAAUUUUAUUAAUUGAGAACACUGGAAGUGAAUUUCUGGCAAUUGAAAUUUUCGCGUUUUUUUAUUCUGAUUAUUACAUUGUUUUAUUCUUUUCUAGCUUGCGAGCGGGCGGAAUCCUCCAAAUCCUGCAAUCUGAUUGGUUCCGAGAGCGGGCGGUUUUUUUAUGAUCUUUGUUUUUUGUGAAUAAGCAAAAAAAGCUAUUUUUAAACCAUUUUGUUUUUAACAACUUGCGCUGUUAUUAGCAUUGGCGAGGGUUGUUUGACGCUCAGAUUAUGAUAUUUAAAAACCCUUCUUUAUUCUAAAGGAGAGCUCAAUUGUGUUACUAUAUAUUACAAGCUAAAAAUCGUGUUGUAAUGUUUUGUUUUGGUUUGCAAUCUUCAGCGUGCCCCGGUUCGAGUAGUCGGACUGUAACAGCCCAUAUUUUUUGGUUAAUUUGCUAUUGCAAAUCUCAAACUGUCCGAUUACACCUGUCCGAUAACUAAGAGCUUCCCGGCCAAUCAGACAGUUAAAUAGCCAAUGAAAAUCAAGGACAAAAUAGACUAGCCAAUACACACUUAAUGUCAGAUCCCGAGUCAAACAGUUAGCUUUGUUUUCCCGAGAGUUCUGCUGUUUCCCAAGACGAAGUCGAGGGAAACAUCAGGACUCGAGGGAAAACAAAACUAACUGGUUUCCCGAGGGACCUGACAUUAAGUGGUUUGUUAUAUUUCUAGACUUCCAAUUCAACGUACUUCAACAGCAACAAAAGAAUGCACUUUAGCAGAGCGAAUCAAAACAGGCGACUCGGUACUUAUAAGAACGUAAAUUUAAUUCUCAAAACUGCUGAAUAAAUUAUUUACAAAGUACUUUCGUUAUAUUAUCUGUAUCUUUUUCCUCCACUUGCUGCUAUUUCUCUUCUGGGAUAAUUUUGAAAAUCGUUGCUUUUUAGUUUGAGACUUCAUGUUUGUGUUGCUGUGUUCAACAGCGAUUCACGAAAAACAAAACUGGCAGUGUUUUUCGCUCCUUCUGUCACGCCACUUUCCACCAGGCCUUGAUCACGUGCUGUAAUGUAUCCCGAGCGGGGUACAUUGUUUAAUGUAUCACGAUCGGGAUACAUUUGAUUUUAGCACAGGGCUCCCACACAAUCUGUUUGUGUAGCCGAUUGUUAUUUUAUAGUGAAUGUACUGGAUUUACCGUUUGCUUCACCUAUAGCGAUAUAUCGCUAACUAUGUAUAUAAAUCAAUGAUAAAUAAACGUUGAAUUACCUUACCUGUGGUGUAUAGUCGUCCUUUUGCCUCAAAAGCGGUUUUUGAGCGAUUUUGAAUGAAUUUGAGUUCGCCGUUGACUGUUCAAUAUAAUAGAAGGACACGGGAGGAAUCCUUGUUUUGAAAGGGUUCAGCGCCGGAGCGAUUUUUCCCCCCAAAAUCGCAUCGCUCCGCUUUCAAACUUCGCAGCAUAAAGGUCAAAAGAUUCACGAUUCUUCUCGUACCUUCCAAUCGAAAAUCCAUCCAAACGGCCCGGAGCUAGCCCUCGAAGAAAAUCAAAAUCCCACAGUAUUCGAGCGACUGGAAUGCGUAGCAAGAUCCAUACGUGCCAGCCAGAAACCGUCCCGCUGAUUGCCUUUUUUUAUUGGAUGGCGUUAAACAAAUGGUUAAAUAAUAACUGAUGAAGAAGACUUGGUAAGGGUUUGUUGUUUAACGACAUCCAAUCAAAAAGAGGCAAUCAGCGGGACAAACAAACCGUCCCGCUGAUUGCCUUUUUUUUAUUGGAUGUCGUUAAACAAAUGGUUAAAUAAUAACUGAUGAAGAAGACUUUGUAAGCGUUUGUUGUUUAACGACAUCCAAUCAAAAAGAGGCAAUCAGCGGGACGGUUUCUGGCUGGCACGUAUGAAUCUUGCUACGCAUUCCAGUCGCUCGAAUACUGUGGGAUUUUGAUUUUCUUCGAGGGCUAGCUCCGGGCCGUUUGGAUGGAUUUUCGAUUGGAAGGUACGAGAAGAAUCGUGAAUCUUUUGACCUUUAUGCUGCGAAGUUUGAAAGCGGAGCGAUGCGAUUUUGGGGGGAAAAAUCGCUCCGGCGCUGGAACCCUUUCAAAAUGAGGAUUCCUCCCUUGUCCUUCUAUUAUAUGGAACAGUCAACGGCGAACUCAAAUUCAUUCAAAAUCGCUCAAAAACCGCUUUUGAGGCAAAAGGACGACUAUACACCACAGGUAAGGUAAUUCAACGUUUAUUUAUCAUUGAUUUAUAUACAUAGUUAGCGAUAUAUCGCUAUAGGUGAAGCAAACGGUUAAUCCAGUACAUUUACUAUAAAAUAACAAUCGGUUACACAAACAGAUUGUGUGGGCCCCCUGUGAUUUUAGUCAAGGCCAUGUGACCAAGAAUCAGCCAAUGUAUGAAUAUUGUUGGAAGAAAAUUCAGCUGAAAAUUGAUGUUGGUCACUCUUUGGACUUAAGAUUAAAACGUCGCCGUUAUCAGGGACUACAGUGCUAGUAUCUACUAUCUCGUGUUAUUGGUGGUUCGCCAUUCUCAAAACGUUUCCAUAAAUGCUAGUUGAAAAGUAAACGGAACAGGACUUUUCGGGUCGUUGCACUGGAACGGGGCCAACGGAACGUCUGGAAAAGUAGUCCAUUUUUCUCGGUCGGAAGUUUCCAACCGGAUAUUCGUGUUCCAAUUCUUCAAACCCAUUUUGAGACCAAUUUCAGGCCCCGUCCACACGUAUCCGGAUAUUUUUUAAUCCGCAACAAUAUCUUUCCGGAUACGGCUUCUGUCCACACGUAUCCGGUGAAUCCGGCAUACGAAUCCGCAACUUUUUGAAUCCGCUCUCCAGAGUGGAAAUUUUUGAAUACGCUAUGAAUCCGGAAUCGUAUGAACGCUAACUGAAAUCCGGAUAUUUUUUUAACCGGUGACGUAACAAGAUCAAGCCCAGUUCUUUUAACCGUGAAUACUGUAUUCAAGAUAGCAAACUCGACGCAUAAAUGUGACUGAUGUGGGCAUAAGAUAAACCCGAUUUCCGAGCGAAAUUUACUCGUCUCGUGUUUAUUUUUUUUUUACAUUUAUCAUUUCCCCAAACCGUGAACCGACUGAUUUGCCAAUGUGAAUGUUAAACAACCAACAGUUAAGUUUUUCACGGUAAAACUUAGGCGUGGCACUCUGCUCUGUACCUGCUUAACUAACGAGUAAUACAUGUGUUGCAAAAACUCGCGUAUGACAAGUAAAUCGACAGCAGAUAAAAACACGAAUUUUAAUAAAUUUUUCUUGAUUAAAAAAGUCGUUCUACGGUAUUUUGUGGUAGCUUACGCAUCUUGUAACAGGGGUGGCAAUUUGUAACAACUUCCUAACGCAAAUUGUAAUAAUUCUAUUUUUGCUCAUUUCAUAAAAUCUUUUACGGCAAGAUUUUAGAAAUGUAAAAUAAUUUCCAGCUGGGCAUUGUUACAAAUGCUCUAUGGUUUCUUUUAGACCGCCUUGACAUUAAUUUAGUAACAGUAUUUUUUGUUCUUUCAAUUGUUUGUAUGUUGUUCUUGCGUCCGGAAGUUGUUACAAAUUGCGUAGAUCGAUCAUUAUUUCCAAAUGCUGUUACCCUAUUACAAAAUGCGUCGUUAUUAAAAAAUAAAAAAUGCCGAAGAACAAGCUUUGUUUUUUGUUACUGAAAAGAGUAAAUGCUUCAGAGGUGGAACGAUAGCAGAGAAUAACUGAUCUUUCAUACUUCCGCAAGCGUUCAUUUUCAAACAAAAACAAGGGCGUAGCUCAUGGUUUGUUCUUUAUGAAUUGUUAAGUUAAUAUAUCUUUUUCUUCUCUUUUCAGUUAAAAAAGGAACUUGAGGCGUUUGACCCUGCCUUUUUUGAAGAAAUUGAAGACUUGAAGUAUAAUUAUCAAAAGUCCGUGGAGAGAAAUGUGUUGUAUGAACGUCAACUGCGACAAUUGUCUCGUCAAUUUGGAGUGGACGUUAAUAUACCAACAGAGGAUUAAUCCAACUAAAAAAAAAAAGUUCAUUCCUUCGGAUACUGUAAAUCCUCCAUUAAGCCCCUUCCGGGGGCGGAGGGGGGAGGUAUUUAUUUCAAACACUUUUGAAGGGGGGCUAAAUAGAGACGGGGGGCGUAUUUGAGAAGGAGGCUUAUUCAAAGCCUGUGGUAUCAGUUCUCCUUAAAGAGCUAGAAUACAAAGUGAAAAGCUCAAGUGCAGGAAGGUUGGAGGUCAUGCAGGCUACACUCGGUACAUUUGAAACCAAGAUGGCCGCCUGUAAGGCUCGACUAUCUCACGGAAAAAACUGGAGACUGUGGACAGUCAAAAAAGUUACAUUAAAAACCAGACAUGACAUACCCAAAACUCCCACAGUGUCGAAACGAGUCAAGACGCUUAAAAUACUGGGAAGUUUGUUAGACAAUACCUAAACAUCGUCAUACUUACUAGCCCAAAAAUUUAAAAUUCUUUGCUCAACUUUUAUUCAUUUGCGUACAGUGUACAGUUAUUUAUAAUAUGUAAAAUAAUGUAUUU